AGACAAUUCCAAAAAAAUGAUAGAUUUUGAAGAGGAAUUGGGAUUAGUUAUAGUACAAUUCCAUGGAAUUUGAGAUUGAAUUUACGUGGCCAAUUCCGUGCCAACCAAACAAGUUCGUUUCUGGAAUUCGAAAUGAAUUCAUGAAUUCUAAGCUCAAAUGAUGGUUACCAAACGACCUGUACGGGUUCAAGAUUAAUAAAUGCCAAAGCCCCACCGCCGAACCGACGAACGAGAGAGACGCGUGGCGGCCCAGUAAUGGCUACCGAGUGCCCAGUGGACUUCUCUUGGAAGACAAGUUUUUCUGGAUCAACAAUUCUCAAAAAAAAAAACUGGUUUCUUCAAAUUUCUUUGAGUUUUCUUUUGGUCAUGAAACAAACUUUAAUGGGUAUAUUAGAGGAUUGUGAAUAUGUUAGUCAUUCGUGAUUUCCUCUCACUAGUAAAACAGUUGCUAUAUUUCCCUAAAAAAAAAGCUUGCUAUGAGAAACAAUAACAAAUGUAUAUAUACACUAAACAAUUUUUUUCCAAGAAACAAUGGUACACAUUAUAAAUGGCACACCAUAAUAUGACCGGCAUUUGACUGAACGGUAUUCGAAGGUGUGACGGUUGCAUCACAUGGCUCCUCUUGCGGCUGGGACUCGAGUAAAGUCUUUGGCUCCACAUCGCUUUGCUCUGCAACGGGCUUCUCCUCGGCUGCCGUAAGUGAUUCCACUAUCUCUACAGGUGUAUGAAAAUUCGUGGCAAUAACCUGCCAAUGGAGAAGAGCCUAAGAAGAACAAAGAGAGGGCGGAGCAGCGGGAUGAGGUUGGCGACGAAGCAGGGGGUCCGGGACGGGGAAGAGCGUGGGUUUUUCUGACAUAUAAACGGCCGACCAACAAAUGUCCAAAUAUGUUCUCCCCGAACCGAUUAGAUAAGGCUGGUCAUAGAGCAUGUUAACGCAGAGUAGUAACAUGUCAUUGUUACUAUCUCCAUAGCGGAUAGUAACAUAUAUGUGGUGUCAUGCAUUGUGUCAUUUAUUAGGUCGUAGACGCAUCUUGCUUUGAUUUGUGUGAUGUUAUAGUAACAUAUCUAGUUACCACAAACCCUUCUCCUUAUUAAUAACAUGCCACAUCACCAAAUUUGUUUAGUUGACAUUUAUAUUACCAUUUUUGUUACUCCCACUAUGACCAACCUAAAACAAAUCCACAGUAGGUUUACGAUUACAACUCUAGCGCGUAAUAUUCCACUAUUUAUACGAACCUUUCCGAUUUGUUUACGAAUCCCAUCGACCUGGCUACUUCCUCGAUUCUGGUCGUCCUAAAUCCGACAAGCAGUUGGCACGGUAACCUUCUGGCUUUCUCUCGUCACAUCGUGCCUAGUACAAAUUGAUUUUACGAGAACUAAAUGAUCGAUCGAUGAAGAUGACGGGAAGAAGCUCGGACGCCGGGGACGUGUCCGGACAGCCCGGUGCUUCGCCGCCGGCGCCGCCUUCUUCCUCCUUGCCGUCGUGGUCGUCGCAGCAACCGGCGUUCCCCUCGUACAUGGCAUUGGCGCCGUGGCCGUCGCGGCAGCAGCAGCAGCAGCAGCCGGUCCCCUGCUCCUUGCCACCGCCGCCGCUGCAGCAGCCGGCCGGCUCAUCCUCGUUCUACUCGUGGGAACCGCAGCACGACGCUUCCCCCUUCGACAAUGCCAUCCUUUUCGGCGCCGACAUGCCGCCGCCGGCCUUUGCGCAACCGGCGAUGUGGCAGCCGGACACGCAGGCGCCGUGUUUGAACCAGAAGAUGGCAGCGGCAGCCGCCAUGGCCGCGCAAGGAAGCGAUCUGUACGGGCACGGCUACCUCGCGCCCUGGCAGUGGCAGGCCAGCGCGGCGGCGGCUCCAGUAGCGCACUCAGCGCCGCCGCCCCUCGAUGCCGUGCUCCCGGACGCGCCGCCGCCUGCCGAGCUCGCCAAUCCGCCCAUGGGCCGGCGCCGCGGCCGGCCACGCGGCAGCACCAAGCCCAAGCUCGCCAACAAGGCGGCCGCGAAGCCCAAGCCCAUGCUCGAAAACAAGGACGCCGCGCAAGGAAGCGAUCUUGGCAGGCCAGCGCGGCGGCGGCUCCAGUAG